GAGCCCUGUCUGGGAAACUGUUCUCCUAAUUUGGGAAGUGUCAGGCCGGGAGGGGCGUGGGGUUGGCCGGAUUUGGUGUGCGCCUGCGCUGAUCGCCGGGACAGGGUGUGUUCCUCCUUUCUGAACCUGGUUUUGGCUGAUCGAGUGCAUCUGUCGCCACCCGAGUUUCCCCUGCAGGCUCCCACGCACACCCGCCAGCUGUUGCCCUCUGUGAACAUGUCUAAGUCACUGAAGAAGCUGGUGGAGGAGAGCAGGGAGAAGAACCAGCCGGAAGUGGACAUGAGUGACAGGGGCAUCUCCAGUAUGCUGGAUGUCAACGGCUUGUUCUCCUUGGCCCAUAUCACACAACUGGUGCUCAGUCAUAACAAGCUAACAACUGUGCCCCCAAACGUAGCAGAACUGAAGAACUUGGAGGUGCUUAACUUCUUCAACAACCAGAUCGAGGAACUGCCCACCCAGAUCAGCAGCCUUCAGAAGCUGAAGCACCUGAACCUGGGCAUGAACAGGCUGAACACACUGCCUCGAGGAUUUGGCUCUCUCCCGGCUCUGGAGGUCCUGGACUUGACUUACAACAACCUGAAUGAACAUUCUCUCCCCGGAAACUUCUUCUACCUCACCACCCUGCGUGCACUCUAUCUAAGUGACAACGAUUUUGAAAUCCUGCCUCCAGAUAUUGGGAAGCUCACGAAGUUGCAGAUACUCAGCCUCAGGGAUAAUGACCUGAUCUCACUGCCUAAGGAAAUCGGCGAGCUCACCCAGCUGAAGGAGCUCCACAUCCAGGGGAACCGCCUGACUGUUCUGCCUCCAGAGCUAGGCAAUUUGGAUCUAACUGGUCAGAAGCAGGUCUUCAAAGCAGAGAACAACCCCUGGGUCACCCCAAUUGCUGAUCAGUUCCAGCUUGGUGUUUCCCAUGUUUUUGAAUAUAUCCGUUCUGAGACCUACAAGUACCUCUACGGCAGACACAUGCAGGCGAACCCAGAACCCCCAAAGAAGAAUAACGACAAAUCAAAAAAGAUCAGCCGGAAACCCCUAGCAGCCAAGAACAAAUGAGGAGAAGACACUCUGGACUCCGGCCUCCUCUCUAGAUCUCCUGGCCUUCCUCGCUCUGUCUCACAAAUCAGUACAGCGUGCCUGUGCCUACUUAAAAAAAAGAAAAGAAAGAAAAGAAAAAUCCUUUUCCGUCUCUCCUCCCAGUGCUUGAGUGCAACCUCACCUUUGCACUUUUGAAAUCCUUGUGGUAGGUGGUACAUUUUAUAAAGCCUUAAAUCCAUUCCCAUUUGUUUCCUUAAAAUUGCCAAAGGCAGGAAACAAAGCUCCCAUUCUCCUGCAAAUUCCAUGGUAGGCACGGGUUUCAGUUCCUUGAAUAAACGUCACAAGGCUGCUUAUUAUCAAAAGAAUAAUUAAAAUCAUGUAACUACUUAAAUGUCACAGUUAACACUUUUAACACUUUUCAUUCUUUCUGUUUAUUCACAUAACUCAUUAUUGUGCCUUAUUAAAAGAAAAAUCUUCCUUCACCGCCAAGCUAUUAUGUUCAUUUAACUCCAAAAUGAUUUUAAUAAAGUCUUGAAUUUAUAUCACACAUUACUUCUUGACUAAAACAAAAAAUUAACCUAGUAUUGGGGUAUAUAUAUACAUUUUUUAUUACUCCCUCAACCCCCCAAAAAAUUUACCUCAUCUAAUUUUGAUUGUAAAUGAUCAUCUAUGAACCUUAUCAUGAAAGAAAUAAAAAAUAAUUAAAUCA